GCGCCUGGAAAAAACAAACUGAUAUUAGCUGGCUGUACAAAUAUGCACUCAAAUCCUAUUUAAAAAAAAAAAGUUUUAUAUAACAAACACUAAAUAUAACAGGGUAGCAACAUCUGAAUGUAGGUGGAAUAUUUUAAUUAAAUACGGUGCUGUAUUAAAUUGUUAUUUACAUCGCAACUGGAAGUAGGCUACAGGGUCCACCGCUUGGAUUAGGCUAAACCAAAGAGCCUGAACAGAUCGCGGAUGUUUUUUGAGAAAACCACAUUACACAUGGAAUACUGAGGAUGGUUUCAAAAAACAAUUUUGCCCCUGUGUGGGUGGAGACUGAUUACCCUGACCAGGUGAUAGACGUUGGAGAAGUAACACUUGGGGAGGACUGCAGGAACAAAAUGUCAGAUGCAAGCAAAAGAAAAGCUGAAAAAAACACACUUGUGCAAGUUGCAUGUGCUUUGCUAAACUCAGGUGGAGGAAUUAUAGUUGCAAAGAGUAAAAAUAAAGAUUACAAUUAUACAACGGAUGGAAUAGGUCUAGAUCUAGAACUAGGAUUUGGAGACCUUGUUAAGCCCUCCUUAAUACAGGACCACUUUUCCUUUUUGCAGCAGGGAAUUGGUCUCUUAAUCUUUGUGAAAACCUGGUGCGCUGGACUUGCUAAUGAUGAAAGCACCAAUGCAAGGAUCUGCAGUGCAGAAUCUCACCUUUACAAAAGGAGUGGAACUUCAGCAAUACAGAUAGCACCCACUGAGGCUGCAGAACUCCUGCAGAAGAAAAAAAAGGAGACAAAGAAAAAUAGAGACAGGCAGGAGGAACCUCCUGCAAAGAGGCCACUCCUUUCCAGCUCCAAUCAGAAUAUUGAAAUGCCAAAUCCAGUAAAAUUGUUUUGCAGUAAGGAAUAUGUUAGGCUUGGGGAAACUUUAGGUUUUGGUGAAGAUAUGCAUGUAGAAUUUAAAAGCUUUGAAAAAGAAACGUCAGUUAAGAAGCGUCUGUCGGACACCCUGCCCAAAUAUAUAUCAGCAUUUGCAAAUACAGAUGGAGGCUUUUUACUUAUUGGCGUAAACGAUAAAACAAAGAAGGUAGUGGGAUGUGGCAAAGAUGAAAACCCAAGUGACAUUGAAAACGAAGUGGACAAGGCAUUCCGAAAAGUGAUCCCUGUUCACUGUGCUCACUGUGAAAAACAGGAGAAUUGUAAAUAUUCCCUUAAAAUCAUAAAUGUUUUAGGUGAAUCUGAUGUUCAUUGUGGCUUUAUACUGGCUCUAGAGAUAAACAAAUUCUGUUGUGUGGUUUUUUCUGAAAAUCCGGAUUCCUGGAAGAUGGAUGGAAAAAACAUAAAGAGCUUGGAAGCUGGAGAAUGGUUAGAAAUGAUGACCGGUACUGAUCCAGUGAUUGAUCAGCUUUGUCAGGGUUUUGAAAAGGAGCUGAGCAUGUCUGCUGCACCACCCCAAUGUAAACCAGUGUACGGAUUGAAAGGAAGUGCCAGAUUGGAUGCCCUGCAGAAUACACUGUUCCCAGUGCAAACUGAUGGUAUAAAUGGUCGACCAGAGACUCUUUGCACAGAAAUGUUUGCAAAGUAUCCAAACCUCGAAAACAUCAUGAAGCCAGAAGGAGUCAGAGGCGUCCUGAUCAUGUCCCGCAGCUGGGCCGUCGACCUUGACCAGGAGAAGAAUGAUGAAGUUGUGUUUGAUGCCUUACUGAUCUCUGAAAAUAGUCCCCCAACCCUGUACACAGUCGUACAGGAAAGCAAACCAGAUUUGUGGAAGCAUGCCAGAUUAACAGCUUUUCAGUUGAAGCAGAAGCUUGUGAAUCUUGGAGGAUAUCCAGGAAUGAUCUGUGUCAUACCAAAAGUCCUUGAGUGUCACUCGGGAGCUUUAAUUCCGAGGGAAAUUCGGCACUCUGAUUUCAAUUUAGAUGUUUGUUACCCAGAUAGUUAUGGUUCUCCAGAUAUUGAAGCCUUGCUCCGUUCCUUGGUGAUUGUUUUGUUGAGUUUCAGAUCCUGUGUGAGUGACCAGCUUGGUUGUGAGUUCCUGAAUCUGCUCACAGCAGAGCAGUUUGAUAUUCUUCAUUCAAAGUACUACUUCAAGAAUUUCAGAAAAGUGUUUGUUCAUGGUUUACCUGGAACUGGGAAGACAGUUAUAGCAGCACAGCUCAUGAGAAAAAUCAAGAUCACACUGCACUGCAAAACUGAAGAGAUUCUUUAUAUAUGUGAGAAUCAGCCUCUAAGACGUUUCAUGGAGAAACAGGACAUCAGUCAGUGUGUAACAAGGUUGACAUUUAUGAGAGAGGACUUCUCCAUGGUGAAGCACAUUGUAGUGGAUGAAGCCCAGAAUUUCCGUAAAGAUGAAGAUGACAAAGACUGGUACAAAAAGGCAAAAAAAAUCUCAAAGAACGGUGUGUUCUGGAUCUUCCUCGACUACUUUCAGACAAGUCAUACAGAGUAUAAUAGCCUGCCCCAGUUUGAGGACCAAAAUCCUAUAGUGUGUCUAACUGUGGGUGUCCGAAAUGGCAGCAGCAUACAUGAUUUUAUCAUCCAGAAAAUGAGAAAUAUUGUAAGUAGUUGGUUCUCUGAAAGAGAAGUCAGAAUGAAGGAUCAUAUGGAAGAAUUGUGUAAUAAUGCUAAUUGUGCCCACACAUUUUCAGGCAAAUUUAAAACUCUCAAAAAAACCCAAAGUGAAAUCAUUGAUUUUGUGAUUCUGACAAUACAAACACUUUUUAGUCAAGGUCACAGUUGUAAGGAUAUUGCGAUUCUCUGCUGUACAAAGGAGGAAUGUGUAAAGUACUAUUCACCUUUGCUUUUACAGUUGAGAAAAAAAAAGAAGGUGAAUUUUGCUCAAGCAGAUGACACAGAUAAAAACUCCAUUGUUUUUGACAGCAUACGCAGGUUCUCCGGUCUUGAAAGAAACAUAGUGUUUGUUAUGAACCCAGUUGUACAUAAGUACCAACAGGAGAUUGGGGAGAAUCUGUUGCUUUCUGCUGCCUCUCGGGCACGUACACAGCUAUAUGUGUUAUACGAAAAGCAAUAAGCUCUAGAUGUAGACAGUGAUGUAGCCUCUUAAGAUUUGGGUGGUCAUUCAAACAUGUGCUACCACUGGGAAAAGGGAAUAGUCAUUUUCCCUGACUGAUUCUCUUGAAGUGUUCAGUUAACCAAUUCCUUUACAUUAUGCCCCUGGGGAUGCAUAUCUACUUUUUAAAGUUUAACGUGAUAAUUAUGUAUUUUAUGCUGUAAACAUCUCAUGUAUAUUUCAGUGGUUAUUAAUCUAUGUACAUUGCUUCAGCUUCUUGGAAAACAAGGGAAUUGAGCCCUUUUUUCUUAGAUGGACUGGCAAAGAACUUAAUUUCAAUAAAGUCAAGCGUAAUACAAAAUAAUCUUUGAUAGUGUAGGUGUCCUGGUUUAGUCCGGUUUCAAGAGGUCAAUGCUAUAAUUGUAUAUUAAGUGUCUAAUUAAGUUAUGAAGUUCCAUCAUAAAACGAGAGCAGAGCUGACCUUUGUUUGCCUUUGUGUAGAAAACUGAAAUCUUCACAUGUUUGUCUUUUUAAAUGUUUAAAAUUGUAUGUUGUGAGUGAUGCAUGAUAAAACUGUAGACCGUCAGGUGGCUCCCGAGUGGCGCAUCCAGUAAAGGCGCUCCGCGUGGAGUGCAGG